AUGGCGCUGGUGUUCACCAUCAGCCAGGUCUCAGGCGCCCACUUCAACCUGUCCACCUCCCUCGCCUUCUCCCUGCGCCACGUCUUUGAGUGGUGGCGCCUCCUCUACUAUCUGCCCACCCAGUUCAUCAGAGCGAUGAUGGAGGGUCUGCUGGUGAUGGGUUUUCUGGGGAAGGAGGGCAACAUGGGCGCCACACUGCCUGACAGUUUGUCAAUGAACAAUACAAAGUACAGUUUCCUGGUGAAGGAGUGA